AUGUCAGCUCCACUCGGGCCCCGGGGCCCAUGCGCUUCCCCGCCGACUGGAGCCCUGCACGACCUGCCGGACCUCAGCCAUCUCACGGAGGAUGAGAGGAAGAUCAUCCUGGGCGUCAUGGACCGACAGAAAAAGGAAGAUGAGAAGGAACAGUCAAUGCUAAAGAAGUUGCACCAGCAGUUUGAGAGCUACAAGGACCAGGUGAAGAAGAUGGGGGACGAUACGACCCCGCAGACGGGAACGACAGGAGAACCCCAGAAGAACCCCAAUGACUCUCCUACCUGCGGGAUUUGCCACAAAACCAAAUUCGCUGACGGCUGCGGCCACCUCUGUUCAUAUUGCCAAACUAAAUUCUGUGCUCGGUGCGGAGGACGAGUGUCUCUGCGGUCAAAUAAGGUUAUGUGGGUAUGCAACUUGUGCCGAAAACAACAAGAAAUCCUAACCAAGUCGGGAGCGUGGUUCUACAGCAGCGCCGCAGGGCCACGGGGCGGGUCUGAGGGCCACAGGGGUCGACGUCACGAGGAGGCCCCCCAGGAGAAGAAGGCCAAACUGCAGCAGGAUCUCCUCUACCAGGGGCCCCCAGGGGACAUAUCAGCAGAUAGAAGCAGACCUCCCGGGCUCCCCAGACAAGGCUCCCUCAACAACGGCUCAGGGCUGAGGCACUCAGUUGCAUCUCUUUCUUUGACGGACAGGAAACGAAGCCCAUCAGCAUCCAGGGAUACAAACCAAAAAUACGACCAAAGGGAGGAGCGGGGUCAGUAUGCCCCGGGGGACGGCACCAUGCCCAGAUCACCGUCCGACUACGGGGAUGGGGACCCUCGGCGUGGGGCCCCACGGAGGUACCGAGACGCUGAGGCGGCGCGGGGGGAGUACCGUGGUGGGCGUGGCCGCUGGCGCUCCCAGGAGGACUACCCUCUGGACCAGGACGGGCCCUACCCUCUAGACGGGCAGCCCAGUGAGUACGAGCUGCAGCGCCAGCGCCAGGAGGAGUACCAGACACGCUACCGCUCCGACCCCAACCUGGCCCGUUACCCCGUCAAGCCCCAGCCCUACGAGGAGCAAAUGAGGAUGCAUGCUGAGGUGGGCCGGGCCAGGCACGAGAGGCGCCACAGUGAUGUGUCUCUAGCCUACACGGAGCAGGACGAGCCCCAGGGACCUAUCCGCCUGUCCAGACAGCAGCUGACCGAGCGCCGGCCGCCGAUGGUGGGCCAACGCUCCUACUCCAUGGACAGAAACUCCCCCACCCCUGGAGGCCACCACCGGACCUCCAACCACAGCCCCCCCACCCCACACCGCAGCCCCGUGCUGGGGGACAGGUCAGGGGACAUGAGGCGGGGGCCAGGGGAGCCAAUAGGGUUCAGGGGUCAUGAUUAUCUGGACCCCAGCUCUGCUGUCAGGAAGACCAAGAGGGAGAAGAUGGACACCAUGUUGAGGAACGACUCUCUGAGCUCUGACCAGUCCGAGUCCAUCAGGCCGCCGCCACCAAAGCCCCACAAAACCAAAAAGGGGGGUAAGAUGCGGCAGGUGUCCCUGAGCAGCUCGGAGGAGGAACUGGCCACCACGCCGGAGUACACCAGCUGUGAGGACGUGGAGAUAGAGAGUGAGUCUGUCAGUGAGAAAGGAGAUUUGGAUGGCCACUGGUUGGACCAUGCGUCAUGGCAUAGCAGCGAGGCCUCCCCAAUGUCUUUGCAUCCCGUGACAUGGCAGCCCUCCAAAGAUGGGGAGCGCCUAAUAGGGCGGAUUCUGCUCAACAAGCGGAUGAAGGAUGGAAGUGUACCUCGAGACUCAGGAGCACUGCUGGGACUGAAGGUGGUGGGUGGAAAGAUGACAGAAUCUGGUAGACUUUGUGCUUUCAUCACUAAAGUGAGGAAAGGAAGUCUAGCGGACACUGUUGGACACCUCAGACCAGGCGACCAGGUGCUGGAGUGGAACGGGAGGUUUUUACAAGGAGCCACAUUCAAAGAAGUUUACAAUAUCAUUCUAGAAUCAAAGCCAGAACCCCAGGUGGAACUGGUGGUCUCAAGGCCCAUAGGAGAUAUUCCUCGGAUACCAGACAGCACACAUGCACAACUGGAAUCAAGUUCGAGUUCCUUUGAGUCUCAGAAGAUGGAUCGCCCCUCUAUCUCUGUCACGUCUCCCAUGAGCCCCGGGAUGCUGCGGGACGCCCCCCAGUACCUGUCAGGACAGCUCUCAAGCCAAAGCCUUAGUAGAAGAACAGCGCCUUUUGUCCCUAGGGUCCAGGUCAAACUGUGGUAUGACAAAGUGGGCCAUCAGCUAAUAGUGACCAUCCUGGGAGCCAAGGACCUGCCUUCUAGGGAAGAUGGCCGCCCCAGGAACCCUUACGUCAAAAUCUACUUCCUCCCUGACAGAAGCGACAAAAGCAAGAGGAGAACAAAAACGGUAAAGAAAUCCUUAGAGCCCAAAUGGAACCAGACCUUUAUGUAUUCUCCUGUGCACCGGCGGGAGUUCCGUGAGCGCAUGUUGGAGAUCACCCUGUGGGACCAGGCCAGGGUCAGGGAGGAGGAAAGCGAGUUCCUGGGAGAGAUACUGAUAGAGCUGGAGACAGCCCUGCUGGAUGAUGAGCCUCACUGGUACAAGCUGCAGACCCACGACGUGUCCUCCAUGCCCCUCCCCCGCGCCUCGCCCAACCCCCAGCGAAGACAGCUCCACGGAGAGAGCCCCACGAGGAGGCUACCCAUACAGAGAUCUCAGAGAAUCAGCGACAGUGAGAUCUCUGACUAUGACUGUGAAGAUGGUGUUGGGGUAGUGUCAGACUACCGGCAGAACGGCAGGGACCUACAUAGUUCCACGUUGUCUGUCCCAGAGCAGGCGAUGUCAUCCAACCACUGCUCGCGGUCGGCAGACAUGAACCGUGCGCGGUCUCGGUCCCCCAGCGUUCCCCCUCCACAGAGAAGUCUGGACCCCGGCUAUGACAUUGACCCCGCCUCGUCUCAGUACAGCUCCUCCAAUAGAGUGGACCGAUGCAGUGUGUCCGAUGACCACCACUCACCUGACAGCCAUUUUCUCACCCUACCUCGAUCCAGACGCUGUCAACCUAGUGAUGAUCAUCAGAAGGAACCCAGGAACCACGGAGCCGUUGAUAGACAUGUGUAUCACAGCAGGUCCAGGUCAGCUGACCAGCGUCCCGCGCUAGAGCGCACCACCACCUCCCGAUCGCGGUCCACGGAGCGCCCCGACUCCGCCCUCAUGAGGUCCAUGCCGUCUUUACCCUCCGGACGCUCCGCCCCUCCCUCACCUGCCUUAACGAGGGCGAACCCCCGCAGCGGAUCGGCCCAAACCAGCCCUACCAGUACCCCCAUGUCCGACAGGAGAGGAGGUCGGCAACUACCACAGCUUCCACCCACAGGGACCAAGGGCAGAAGUGCUAUGGAUGUGGAGGAGAGGACCAGACAGAUGAAGCUGAAGGUGAACAAGUUCAAGCAGGGGGCCGGGUCCGACUCCAGACUGGAACAGGACUACAACAAGUAUAACAUUAGGAGGGAUGGUCAGCGGGGUUCAGACAACAUGUCAGCCAAGUCUUCGGACAGCGAUGUAAGCGACGUGUCCGCUGUGUCGAGAACCAGUAGUGCCUCUCGGUUCAGCAGCACGAGCUACAUGUCUGUCCAGUCAGAACGGCCGAGAGGAAAGCAGAAGAUCAGUGACUUUACGUCCAAAAUGAAAAACAGGCAGUUGGGCACGUCGUCAGGGAGUAUGAACAUGACCAAGAGCACAAGCAUCGGUGGAGACAUGUGCAACCUGGAGAAGACGGACGGCAGCCAAUCGGACACAGGCGUGGGCAUGGUAGGCGGGGACGAGGAUAAGAAGAGACGCUCCAGUAUUGGUGCCAAAAUGGCGGCAGUGGUUGGCCUCUCACGGAAAAGCAGGAGUACCUCUCAGCUCAGCCAAACAGAAGCCGGUGGGAAGAAGCUUCGCAGCACCGUGCAGAGGAGCACAGAGACGGGCUUGGCCGUAGAGAUGAGGAGCCGGAUGACUCGGCAGGCCAGCAGAGAGUCCACCGACGGUAGCAUGAACAGCUACAGCUCCGAGGGAAACCUGAUCUUCCCUGGUGUUAGGCUGUCCUCCGACGCCCAGUUCUCUGACUUCCUGGAUGGACUAGGCCCAGCCCAGCUGGUUGGACGACAGACGCUAGCUACACCACCCAUGGGUGACAUCCAGAUUGGAAUCGUGGACAAGAAAGGAGCGCUGGAGGUGGAAGUGAUCCGAGCCCGUGGCCUUGUGGGAAAACCAGGUUCCAAGGCACUGCCAGCACCAUAUGUAAAAGUGUAUCUUUUGGAAAACGGAGCCUGCAUAGCCAAAAAGAAAACAAAAGUAGCAAGAAAAACCUUGGAUCCCCUUUACCAGCAGCAACUGCCGUUCGAAGAGGCUCCUGGAGGGAAAGUUCUACAGAUCAUCGUAUGGGGAGACUACGGACGCAUGGACCAUAAAUCCUUUAUGGGAGCAGUUCAGAUACUUUUAGAUGAGCUGGACCUGUCUAACAUGGUGAUUGGCUGGUUCAAGCUCUUUCCUCCUUCCUCAUUGGUGGACCCUACCCUGGCCCCCUUGACAAGAAGAGCUUCCCAAACGUCAUUGGAUAGCCGGUCAUAG